AUGCAUCUUAAAAACAUUCAUAAGAGCUUAUUUCGUGUAGUCCCAGUGAUCUUAUAUGGCUCGAAGAAAUCCCUCCAGACGUACGCCUUUCUUGAUGAUGGUUCAUCACUAACACUCAUUGACGCUAGUCUCGCAAAAGAGCUGAACAUUGAAGGAAAACCGGAGCCACUGUGUUUAAGGUGGACAGGGAAUAAACGUCGUCAAGAAAAUGACUCGAUCAGAUUUGACAUAGACAUUUCUGGAACAGGCGAUAAUUGUAAAAAGUACAACCUACGUGGUGCUCACACAGUAUCAGGUCUUGACCUAUUUCGUCAGUCUGUUGAUAUGCAGCAACUAAGUCAACAUUAUAAACACCUUAGUGGCAUUCCGGUCGAAUCAUAUUGCGACAUACAACCAAAAAUUCUCAUUGGAAUUGACAAUGCAAAUCUUUGCUACCCACUAAAAGGUAGAGAAGGCAAGCUUAACGAACCCAUUGCGACAAAAACACGACUGGGAUGGGUAAUUCAUGGAGGAUGGAAUGAGAGCACUGCCUUCGUUGGUCACCAUAGCCGCCACCUGUGCCCGUGUACGGAACAUAUCGACGAUUUGCUUCAUCAAUCCAUACGCGAGUACUUUUCUUUAGAAAAGGUAGGAACUAUUAAGCCAGAGAGUAUUGUAUCAUUUAUCGAGGAUAAACGAGCUAUUCAAAUUUUGCAAUCAUUCGUACGAACAGAGAACGGGCACUAUGAGGCACGCUUGCUCUGGAAAUAUGACCAAUUUAGGCUCCCGAAUAGUAAACCCGUUGCCCUACAGCGCUGGCGUUGCCUGGAAUCUCGUUUAAAAAAAGAUGCAGACUUAUCUACAGUAAUGCGACUAAAGCUCGAUGAAUAUUUGAAAAAAGGGUACAUCCGCAAACUUUCGGACAUUGAGAUGGAAAAACCACCAAAACGAAUCUGGUAUCUCCCUAUAUUUCCCGUGUUUAACCCAAAUAAACCGUCGAAAGUACGGAUCGUGUGGGACGCAGCUGCAAAAACUAAGGGGAUAUCAUUAAACUCACUACUCUUGAAAGGGCCAGAUCAGUUGACUUUCCUCAUUUCGGUACUGCUGCGGUUUCGCGAGAAUAAGGUGGCCAUUUGCGGCGACAUUAAGGAAAUGUUCCACCAAGUGCUUAUGUCAAAGGAUGAUCAGGAUUGCCAAAGAUUUUUAUGGAAAGAAAAUUCAUCAGACGAGAAACCCAGCACAUACGUCAUGCGGGUUAUGACGUUCGGAGCCAGCUGCUCACCUAGUUGUGCUCAGUACGUAAAAAACUUAAACGCAGAAAACCAUAGAGGGCAGUACCCAGCAGCAGUCAAUGCGAUCAUCAAAAACCAUUAUGUCGAUGACAUGCUGGUAAGUACUGAAACAGAAGAAGAAGCUAUUCUCCUCGCCCGACAAGUUCGGCACGUCCACGCCCAAGCUGGGUUUGAGUUGAGGAACUGGAUUUCAAACUCCGCAGCGGUUCUUUCAGCACUUCAGAACGAGGGAGCAUGCGAAAAAAACUUAAAUCUAGGAUCAGAACUAGCAACCGAAAAGGUUUUAGGGAUGUGGUGGUGUACUGCUACGGACACUCUCACAUAUAAGCUAUCGCCAAAACACGACACAGAACUUCUAUCCGGAAAGCGACGUCCAACCAAAAGGGAAGUUCUUAGUACAUUAAUGGCAAUAUUCGACCCACUCGGACUAGUUUCAAAUCUGCUGAUAUAUUUGAGAGUCCCACUGCAAGAGAUCUGGCGUGCUGGGAUCGAGUGGGACGAUGAAAUUCCGGGUCAUUUGUUCGAAAAAUGGGAGCAUUGGUUAGAAGUACUUCCAACAGUACACAAGGUCCGUAUACCAAGAUGUUACCGCUCCGCUAUAACGAUCAUGCCAGGUACCGUCACUCAACUACACACGUUUGUCGACGCGAGCGAGGUCGGUUAUGCUGCUGUGGUUUAUUUAAAGUUCCAGCAAGAAAACAACAUAGAGUGUGCAAUAGUAGCUGCAAAGUCGAAAGUGGCUCCGCUGAAGUUCGUCUCCAUUCCAAGACUUGAACUCGAGGCGGCAGUUAUUGGAACAAGAUUGGCGAAUACAAUUACAAACAGCUUAUCGUUCGAAGUGGAUGAGCGAUAUUUCUGGACUGAUUCACGCAAUGUGUUAUGCUGGAUUCGAUCUGAUCAACGUCGGUAUUCUCAACAUGUCGCCUUUCGUGUCAGCGAGAUUCUCGAGACAAGUAACAUAGCUGAUUGGAAGUACGUCAGCACGAAAGAAAACGUAGCUGAUGAGGCGACAAAGUGGUCACGCCGGCCAGAACUAGGAAGCAACAGUCGGCGGGUAAGAGGACCUUCGUGGUUAAGGCAAUCUAAAAAAAAUUGGCCUGAAGAGCCGUUCACUUCAGGCCAUACUCAAGAAGAGCUGCGUUCAACCAUAUACUACCAUCAUUUUGUUCCUAUACCGCCGGUGAACGUUACAAAAUUUUCUAAAUGGAGGCAAUUAGUUCGUGUGGUUGCUACGGUACUUAGGUCCGUUGCGAACUUUCGAUGCGCCAAGAGCAGGAUGAAACACAAGCACGGCCCCCUUACCAGUCAAGAGCUAAACGAAGCUUCGAAUCUUCUUAUUAGGUUUGCUCAAAGCGAAUCAUUUUCAGAGGAAUUCGCCAGUUUAUCUACCGUACCUCCUACUCUUUCGAAAUCAAGCGCACUGUAUAAGCUAAAUCCGUUUCUCGAUGAUCACAAUAUGAUAAGAAUGCAAGGCAGGAUUGGUGCAUGUGAAUACGCAACUAUGGAUGCACGAAAUCCAGUCAUACUCCCGAAAAAUAACUAUAUCAGUAACCUUAUUGUGAAAGACUACCACGAGCGUUAUCAUCAUUGUAAUCACGAGACAGUGGUCAAUGAACUGCGGCAAACUUUCUGGAUCCCUAAGUUACGUGUGCUAUUUAGGAAGGUGAGAUCAGACUGUCAGACCUGUAAAAAUUUAAGAGCAACACCUAAUCCUCCUUUAAUGGGCGAGCUGCCAAAGGAUAGACUCGCGGCGUUCACGAGACCCUUUUCCUUUACCGGCGUGGAUUAUUUCGGAUCAUUGACGGUAACGGUAGGUCGUCGAACGGAGAAACGAUGGGGAGUGCUAUUGACGUGCUUAACUACUCGGGCAAUUCACCUAGAGGUAGCCCACACGUUAAACGCCAGCUCUUGUGUGAUGGCCGUCAGGAAUUUCAUGGCGAGGAGAGGCGUGCCAUUGAAAAUCAUUAGCGACCGUGGCACUAACUUUACCGCAACCAACAAGGAGCUCAAAGCGGCAUUAGACGCCAUGGUUCAAGACAAGCUGAUCCAAGAAAUAGUCAGUCCCAAAACAGAAUGGCAGUUCUUGCCCCCAUUAUCCCCCCACAUGGGAGGCUCCUGGGAGCGGUUAGUUCAAACAGUUAAGGCAAACUUGCUUAAAAUCAAACCGCAACGUACCCUCACCGACGAAAUUCUUCAGAACCUUCUAACAGAAAUAGAAAAUCUCAUCAACUCGCGUCCCCUAACGCACGUACCAGCAGAUGACCCCGACGCACCCGUUCUAACGCCGAACCAUUUUCUGUUGGGAUCGUCAAGCGGGCUCAAACCAGCUUCCAACAUUGAUGAUAGCGGCAUCCUGCUGCGGCGCUCCUGGCGUACCUCUCAAGUUGAAGCAAACAUAUUUUGGCGUCGAUGGAUGCGCGAUUACUUACCGGACCUGGUUAAACGUACGAAAUGGCAUGCCGCAGUUGAACCAAUAAAAGAAGAUGACAUCGUUGUUGUGGUUGAUCCGAAGCUUCCACGCAAUUGUUGGCCUAAGGGUCGAGUUAUUGGAGUCAGGAAAGGAAAGGAUGGUCAGGUAAGAGCAGCUACUGUUCAAACACAAUAUGGGCAUUACGAGCGCCCGGCUACUAAGCUAGCAGUCCUGGAUGUUCGACGCGAUACGUUGGUAAGCCAAGAAACUGGCGUACCGGGGGGGACUGUUACGACCCCUCGGUCGGCGCAUCUCACAGCGACGACUUAA